GGCGGCGGCGAGAGCUGACUGGGGCGUCCGCUAGGCUCGGACGGCCUGCUGAGCCUCCCAACCCGCUUCUGUAAGGCUUUGCCUUUCCAACUUCAGCUACAGUGUUAGCUAAGUUUGGAAAGAAGGAAAAAGGAAAAUCCCCGGCCCCUUUUCUUUUGUGGUUUGCCAAAGUCGUUGUAGUCUUUUUGCCCAAGUCUGUUGUGUUUUUAGAGGUGUUAUCUCCAGCUCCUUGCACUCCUGUUAACAAGCACCUCAGCGAGAGCAGCAGCAGCAGCGAUAGCAGCCACCGAAGAGCCAGCAGGGUCGCCCAGUGUCAUGACCAGGGCAGGAGAACACAACCGCCAGAGAGGAUGCUGUGGAUCCCUGGCCGACUACCUGACCUCUGCAAAAUUCCUUCUCUACCUUGGUCAUUUUCUCUCCACUUGGGUGACAGAUGCUUAUCCCAACUUUACAGGAGAUCGGAUGUGGCACUUUGCUGUGUCUGUGUUUCUGGUAGAGCUCUAUGGAAACAGCCUCCUUUUGACAGCAGUCUACGGGCUGGUGGUGGCAGGGUCUGUUCUGGUCCUGGGAGCCAUCCACUGGGUGGAUAAGAAUGCUAGACUUAAAGUGGCCCAGACCUCACUGGUGGUACAGAAUGUUUCAGUCAUCCUGUGUGGAAUCAUCCUGAUGAUGGUUUUCUUACAUAAACACGAGCUUCUUACCAUGUACCAUGGAUGCGUUUUCACUUCCUACUAUAUCCUGAUCAUCACUAUUGCAAAUAUUGCAAAUUUGGCCACUACUGCUACUGCAAUCACAAUCCAAAGGGAUUGGAUUGUUGUUGCAGGAGAAGACAGAAGCAAACUCGCAAAUAUGAAUGCCACAAUACGAAGGAUUGACCAGUUAACCAACAUCUUGGCCCCAAUGGCUGUUGGCCAGAUUAUGACAUUUGGCUCCCCAGUCAUUGGCUGUGGUUUUAUUUCGGGAUGGAACUUGGUAUCCAUGUGCGUGGAGUACUUUCUGCUCUGGAAGGUUUACCAGAAAACCCCUGCUCUAGCUGUGAAAGCUGCUCUUAAAGAAGAGGAAACUGAAUUGAAACAGCUGAAUUUACACAAAGAUACUGAGCCGAAACCCAUGGAGGGAACUCAUCUAAUGGAUGUGAAAGGCUCUGACAUCCAUGAGCUUGAACAUGAGCUAGAGCCUACUUGUGCCUCCCAGAUGGCUGAGCCCUUUCGUACCUUCCGAGAUGGAUGGAUCUCCUACUACAACCAGCCCGUGUUUCUGGCUGGCAUGGGUCUUGCUUUCCUUUAUAUGACUGUCCUGGGCUUCGACUACAUCACCACAGGGUACGCCUAUACUCAGGGACUGAGUGGUUCAAUCCUCAGUAUUUUGAUGGGAGCAUCAGCUAUAACUGGAAUAAUGGGAACUGUGGCUUUCACUUGGCUACGUCGAAAAUGUGGUUUGGUUCGGACAGGUCUGAUCUCAGGAUUGGCACAGCUUUCCUGUUUAAUCUUGUGUGUGAUCUCUGUAUUCAUGCCUGGAAGCCCCUUGGACUUGCCCGUUUCUCCUUUUGAAGAUAUCCAAUCAAGGUUCAUUCAAGGAGAGUCAAUUACACCUACCAAGAUACCUGAAACCAUUACUACAACUGAAAUACACAUGUCUAACGGGUCUAAUUCUGCUAAUAUUGUCCCAGAGACCAGUGCUGAAUCUGUGCCCAUAAUCUCCGUCAGUCUGCUGUUUGCAGGCAUCAUUGCUGCUAGAAUCGGUCUUUGGUCCUUUGAUUUAACUGUAACACAGUUGCUGCAAGAAAAUGUAAUUGAAUCUGGAAGAGGCAUUAUAAAUGGUGUACAGAACUCCAUGAACUAUCUUCUUGAUCUUUUGCAUUUCAUCAUGGUCAUCCUGGCUCCAAAUCCUGAAGCUUUUGGCUUGCUCGUAUUGAUUUCAGUCUCCUUUGUGGCAAUGGGCCACAUUAUGUAUUUCCGCUUUGCCCAAAAUACUCUGGGAAACAAGCUCUUUGCUUGCGGUCCUGAUGCAAAAGAAGUUAGGAAAGAAAAUCAAGCGAGUACUUCUGUUGUUUGAGACAGUUAACCGUUGCUAUCCUGUUACUAAAUUGUAUAGAGCACAUGUGCUUAUUUUGUACUGCAGAAUUCCAAUAAAUGACUGGGUAUUUCUCUCUUUAAAAAAAAAAAAAAGAAAGAAAGAAAAAAGAAAAGGAAUAACAGAGAUCAAAAACAUUGUAAUAAAAAUUAAGU